AAAAUACACUAUCUCAAACACAAUUAAUUGAAGUGAACUUUCUUUGCUGUGUUCAACAGCAACAUGUUCUCCUUAUUGAACCCCUUAGUUUACUCUCCUCUUCUCUUGUUGUUCUCCUUGCUCUUCCUUUCCAAAUGGCUGUUCGCUUCAAAAUCGAAAGGAAGUAUACCACCAUCUCCGCCAAAGCUCCCGUUCAUCGGAAACCUCCACCAACUCGGCUUCUUGCCCCACCGCAACCUCCGGAAACUAGCUCAUAAAUAUGGCCCACUCAUGCUGCUUCACUUCGGCAGCAGGCCAGCUCUCAUCGUCUCCUCCAUCGAAGGAGCUCGCGAUAUCAUGAAAACCAACGAUCUCAAAUUCUCAAACAGGCCUACGAAGAGCUUCGGACACAAGCUCUUCUACGACACCAAGGACGUGGCGUUCGCCACCUACGGCGAGCAUUGGAGGCAGCUGAAAAGCAUUGUUGUGAUGCAGCUCCUAACCAACAAGAGGGUCCAGUCGUUUCACAAUGUCAGGGAGGAAGAAGCGGCCUAUAUGAUCAGCAAAAUCGAAAAGCAAAGAUGUUCUUCGCCCUCGGCGCCGGUGAACUUGAGCGAAAUGUUUAUUGAGCUCACGAACGAUGUGAUUUGCCGCAUAGCAUACGGACGGAAGUACACCGGGAGGGAAGGUGUUCGGAAGUUUAAGUAUGUGUUGGGGGAGCUGGUGGAGGUUCUGGGGGCUUUCAAUGUGGCGGACUAUAUUCCGUGGCUUGGUUGGAUAAAUCGUUUGAAUGGUUUGGAUGCUAAAGUUGAGAAAGUUGGGAGAGAGCUUGAUGCGAUCAUGGAGGGUGUGGUUGAAGAGCAUAUUGAGCGAUAUAAAAGAGAGGAGAGUGGUGGAGUCAAAGAAGAGCGCGAUAUCGGGCAGCAGGACUUGGUUGAUGUCUUGCUUGAAAUUCAAAAAGACAACGCAGAUAAAUACACUCUUCACAGAGACAGCAUUAAAGGUGUCGUCUUGGAUAUGUUUCUUGCUGGAACUGAUACAACAUUCACAGCACUAGAGUGGACAAUGACAGAGCUCAUAAGACACCCGAAAGCCCUGAAGAAACUCCAGGAUGAGGUGCGAGCAGUAGGCGGAGGUAAACCGUUGUUAACCGAGGAUGAUGUACAGAAAAUGCCCUACUUGAAAGCAGUGAUGAAGGAGGCCAUACGGUUACAUCCUCCGGCUCCAUUGCUUAUCCGACAAUCGACAAAAGAUGCCAACGUUCUGGGCUAUGACAUUGCAGCCGGGACACAGGCGUUUAUCAACAAUUGGGCAAUUGCAAGAGACCCAACCUUGUGGGAAAAUCCCGACGAGUUUGAGCCAGAGAGAUUCUUUAAAACUUCAAUAAAUUUUUAUGGGCACGACUUCGAGUUGCUCCCAUUUGGAUCCGGUAGGAGGAGUUGUCCUGGAAUCCUAUUCGCCACGACGGUUAAUGAGCUUGGAUUAGCGAGUGUUGUGUAUAGGUAUGAUUUUACAUUGCCUGGUGGAAUAAGAGGCGAGGAUAUAGACAUGUCUGAAGUCCCUGGUCUGUCCAAUCCCAGAAAAUAUCCUCUACUCGUUUUCCCAAAGCCAUAUUAUACUUUCUAGUGUACCUAGUACAUGUGGUACUAGAUAAAUAAGUGUAUGCUUUUGUUAAGCUCAUGUAGCUUCAUGUAUUCUCCCUAUGGUUAUCCUAAAUAAAAGCUCUUUUAUUUGAAAGCA